AUGCCGCAGCAGCAGGAGGCCCGGAUCAACGCGCGGCAGGUGGAGCACGAGUAUGGCCACGAAUUGCGUGCUGCACCUUUUUCUGACAAGACGACCCCUCGGCAGAUCUUGCGCCAGUGGGAACGCACGUGCCCUGACGUGUCCGUCACGGAAGGGGUCUUCCGUACUUGGUUCAACAAGCACCGUGCCGCUGCGGAUCUCGAAACAAUCCAGGGGUAUGUAGCGCUGGAGGCCCGUGCCGGAGAGAAGCUCCGGCAGUUCCAGAGCGAGGGGCGGCACAGCAGUUUCAAGCUUGUCCGGGAACUCCGGAGCCAGGCCGGAUUCAACACGACCGAUGCCGUCAUGAGGGAGUUGUUUCCGCAUCAUGGCGGUGGCGCGCCAUCCUGGUCUUCGUCGGCGCAGGAUUUGGAACAGCGCGUGGGUCAACGUCUGCGUGAGUACCUCGCCGAGGAGACAGCGGCGGGAGAUGCCGACAAUAUAAAGCAAUGGCUUACUGAUCAGCAAAUCGCCUGCCCAAUCAGGAUAAUCAAGCAUUGGCUCAACGCGGACUUCUCUCCCGAAGGGGCUGUUGAGUCAGGCGAGGCAUUGGAGUUGGCUAUUGGAGACGUCUUACGUUCCAUUGAUUAUCCUCAGCUUUUCGAGUCCGAAGAAUCCAAGGGCCGUCUUGUCGAGCAUCUCAAGGGCCUCGACCCUCCCAUCAGGUGCAUGGUGGACGUGCUCGCUGCGUGGUGCGGGACCUUUUAUCCGUGCCCGGCCGGGAAGACGCUCGAAGCCGACAACGCGCAUACUUUGGAUGCCUUGACUUUGAACAGUCGCCGACUUCGUCAGAAGCCCAAGGGCCCGCUGCCCCUGCAGCAGACCUUCGAGGAUGUCGAGCGAGACCUGGGGCAGGCCCACCGCGAGCUGAUCGUGCGCAAGUGCACGUGCGACAACAUGUCGGGUUACGACAUCAGCAAAGACCUCAAGAGGGAGUUCCACGUCGCCAUGCGGCCCUACGAUUUGCAGCAGUGGCUGGGCCACCCCGCGCAGAGGUUGACGUCCCUGCAGAGCGUCCAGGAUAUCGAGAGUCACGGGUGCGCGAAUUACGUUUUGGACCAGAUGCAGACAGGAGUGCCCGUUGAGCGCGUUGUUCACAGUGUUCGCCGGGAGUACCUCGUCGUCGCGAGCGCCCAGACGCUCCGGGCCUACCGCAGGUGCAAGGAGCAGGCCGGCAACCCCCGCACCGCGCCGUGGAUCGAGCGGCAGUGGUGGCGCUGGCUCUAUGAGCUGAUUGCUGAGGGUUCUUUUUUCGGGCGCCCCAAUAGGGGCGGCGUUGGCGGCAUGCGAAUGGAGGUUGGCCCCUGGCCAGAACUGUCUCUUCUGCACCAGCGGCUCUGCGACCGCGCCGAGCUUUCGAUCGGCGUGGCGCCAAUGCCGGAGUUCCGCAAGUUUUUCAACAAGCACGAGCAGCACGCGCAGUUGCGGUUCAAGUACCCGCGCGGCGAGCACCUCCCCGAGUCCGCUGGCAGACUCCUCAGUUACACCAACGCAGACGGGGUGCACGAGAAGGUUUUGCAGUGUUGUGCGGAGGUUGCUGCCGCCGACAAGAUGCUCUGUUUCCCUGUGAACAGCGCGGUUGGGAAUACGACCGUGGCUUACGCCGCGAGUAUCUGCGAGGACUUGCAUGCGUGCCAGACGUGGGCCGGUUCCAGCGUUGGCACGCAACGUCGUGAAUUUCGCCGGCGCCUGCCAGACACGGAUUUCGCCAUAUGGGCAUGCUGCGGCAGUUGGCAGCGCUGCCCUUGCUGCGGGUGCUUUUCUUUCGUCGAUGAAGGGUUCAAGAGUCUGUGCAACGGCGCAUCUGCUCAGGUCCCGGCGUCAGGAGUGCUGCAUUCCCGUCGGGGGAUCCCGUCCGACCCAGUCAAGCACUCCGGCCGCGCAGAGCUCGGACCGACGUCGUACUGGUGGGUGAGCCCAACCAUGUACGAGCCCUCGGCCUCCGUGGAGCACGCGUGUGGCAAGUGCACGCCAGCGGCAGAGCACCCCAGACCCAUCGCUCAUCCGGGAGAGAUGGCCGCUGGCAUCCUCCGAGCCAAGGCUCGAGCCAAGGCCGCCGCUAGGGCCAGCCCUGCAGGCAAGGCCAAGGCGGCGGCGGCUGCCGCUGCUUUCGGGGCCGAUAAGAUAGAACCGGUCUUGUGCACGCAGCAGUUGUAUCGAGUUCCUCGUCUACCGCCAGUGGGCCAAAGCAUGCCGUCGACCUGGGCCGGCGAAGUGGCGUCGUGGCCUCGGCUCGCGCCCGGAGCGAGCGAGUUCUCCAUGUCGGCCGCCGAGGGAUGCACGUUCCUGGAUUUUUUUCCACAUGGCGAGAAAACGGCCUUACGUGUCAUCGUCAUCCACGUGCAGAAGAAACGAGAUAUGUUCAGCGCCAACCUCAACAUUCCGAGCCAUUACAAGAACUGGAAGAAGACCGGCGUCAGCAAAGGCUUCUACGCACCUCACAUCGUUGACGAGCGUAGCCUUCCCACAGCUCGUUGCAAGGCGGCUUUUCGCUGCUUGGUCAAAAACAAUGGCUUUUACGAGGCCUUCUUGAAUGCGUCCAACCGCGCGCGCACGAAUCCGGAUCAGCACGGCCAGCACAUCCGCACAUUCGACUUCUUCGUGACAUUCAAGGGCGUCGAGUGCGCGGCUUGGCCCUGGCUCUACCCCGCUUCGGACUUCACGGACGCCAGCGUAUCCCGGCUGAUCGCUGAGUUCCACGAUGAUAAGCAGAAUCGCACAAUUUCCAGCGGGUAUUCGUUCAACGGCAAGGCUUUGAGCGAG